AUGUACGGGCGCGGAUGUGACUGGCUUAUCCGAGCUAGCUUGAUACGGAAAAAAGGUUGUUGGGAGAUACGAAGAUACAACGGUAGCCACACGUGCACGAUCGGAACAAUUUCACAAGAUCAUUCGAAGUUGGACUCAGAUACAGUUGCUGAUGCUAUAAGGCCAUUGGUCGAGACGGACCCGUCCAUCAAGGUGAAAUCUAUAAUUGCGGAAGUCCAGUCAAGGUUCAACUAUACCAUUAGUUACCGAAAGGCUUGGUUGGCAAAGCAGAAGUCCAUAGCCAACGUUUUCGGUGGUUGGGAGGAUUCUUACCAAGCCUUGCCAUGGUGGCUAUCGAUCAUGGUGCAGAAGAUGCCUGGUUCAGUUGUCCAAAUAGAAACACGACCACUGUACAACGGGAAUGAGGAGGCGCAAGGUACACUUCUAGUAGCUGUUGCACAAGAUGGGAACCAUAAUAUUGUGCCUAUCGCCUUUGCCUUGGUGGAAGGGGAGACAGCUGAUGCGUGGCACUUCUUUCUAAGGAAUCUGCGAAUGUAUGUUGUUAGAAAAGAUGGUGUGGGUAUGAUCUCAGACCGACAUGAGUCAAUACGGGCAGCAGUAAAUCGUUCCGGUGGCGACUGGCAACCUCCAAGAGCAUGGUGGAUGUUUUGUAUAAGACACAUCGGCAGUAACUUCUUAAGGGCAUUCAAAGUCCCUCACUUGCAAAAGCUUGUUGUCAACAUAGGUUAUUCAAGAACGGUGGAGGAGAACAAUAUCAACUAUAAGAGGUUGGAAGAGCGAGGCGAGGCAUAUGCCAGGUGGUGCGAUGCCAUUGGACUCAGACAUUGGGUAUUGGCAUUCGACGAAGGACAUCGAUGGGGCCAUAUGACAACGAACCUUGUUGAGUGCAUUAACUCAGUCUUGAAGGGUGCCCGUAAUCUACCUGUGUUGGCGCUGGUCCGAGCAACAUAUUAUAGGUUAAAUGAACUUUUUACGCGGAAGAGUGCCGAGACUCACGAACGCAAGCGUGCUGGAUAUACGUACUCUGCAUUUGCGCAACAGCGGAUAGAAGCAAGUAUGCAACAGGCUGGGAAUAUAGUUGUGCACCGCUUUGAUAGACGAAAUGAGGUGUUUGAGGUGCGCGAAAUGACUACUGGAAAGGUGCUAGUUGUUGAUCUUGCACGACGGACGUGUGAUUGUGGGCACUUUCAGGUUGAACGAAUACCAUGUCGCCAUGUUAUUGCUUGCUGUGCUAACCAGCGUCUCGAUUGGCAGUUGUAUGUGCAUGACGUGUACAAGAUGACAGAGGUUCGUAAAGUAUAUAAGUUUGAGUUCACACCAUUAGGUAAUCCCGAUACAUGGCCCCCUUAUGAGGGACCCACAUUGGUCGCUAAUCCCGCGCAGAGGCGAACGUCUAAAGGCAGGCCCAAACUGACCCGAUACUUGAAUGAAAUGGACUCACGCGACAUGCGUGGUCCUCGGAUAUGCCGUCUCUGUGGUGCUCAGGGUCAUAGUCGGAGUAGGUGUCCUCAGCGUGCUGGACCGAGUGGUACUGCUUCGUAG